ACACAGCAGCGUAAUGCGAUUCUCAUUUAGUACGGUGCGUAAACCCCUCGCGAAUGGAAGCCUUUUCGAACUGAGGCGCUGGUCAAACGCAGUGAACGUGACACCUAAGCACAUAGCAUACCACUACAGCACAGCAAAGCACAACCAAGUGAUUUUUUUUUAUUUUUUUCGGUGAAGAGAAAAAUUAAAUUUCACGCUAGUUGAAUAAAAGAUUGUGAAAAGGCCGAAAGCAAUGCAUGAAAACGCAUUGGAAAUGUGCAACGAAGUGAAUUUUAGCCGAUUUUCGACACGAAAAAGUGUGAAAGGGUAGUGAAAUUCGGUUUGAAAACGUCUAACUUUUUUCGGCAUAUUUGCUCGCCUUGGCUUUGGCUUGGUAAAGCGUGUAGUAGAGGAAUUUCGUACUUACAAAAUUGCAAUACUUUUGUGCUGGACUUUUCGAAAUCACCAAGAAAUGUGAAACGAGUGUGAAAAGUGAAUUGUAUAUUGGAAAAACGAAAGGAAUGAAAUUACAUUUCUAAAGCGAAAUUCAUUUAACAAAACAGCGAAAAAAGUUGGGCAGAAAUACGAAUGUGUGUGUGUGUGAAGCAUGGAAAAGGCCAUUAAUUUUCGAAAUAAAUAUCUUUCGGCAGUGAUGUGAAUACAUAUGAAAAUUUAUGUGCGGAAAUUUUGCUGGAGCAUUGAAUUUUUUGCCGCUCGUACACAGUACAUACUAAACUAAAAUAAAUUACGCGUCAAUAAAUGAUUAUAAAUCAACUAAAAACACAUAUCGGUUCAUACAAUAAUAUUAUAAAUAUAAAUUAAAAACAAUAAACACAUACAUAUAUACAUAUAUACGAACUAAUGUAAAAUUAGUGAAAAUAUUUUCGAACGUUUUUGCUGGAUGCUUUUUGAAAAUAUGGAAAAAAGGCGAGUGGGUCAAGUGCUGACAUCUAAUUGGGUACAACAGUCCAAGCAUUACAGCAUGGCGAGCAGGUGUGCGUAAAUUACAACUCGACAUAUAUAUAAUAGUAUAUAUAAAAAGUGUAGUUUGUUUGUGAGUGUGAAAAUUGUUAGAGAAAUAUAUAUAUAAAGCACUCAGUUGGAGGCGUUGAAUAAAAAAUUACCUUGAAAACGCAGUGGAAAACACAUAAAAACCCGCACAAGUGCAACAACAAACAGUAUAAAACAACAACAACAACCAACCGCAACAUCACCCGCUGCGCAACUAAAUAUGAAAAUUACACAGUUCACUCGUUCAGAUUUUUCGCUAGUUUGCUGCAUGUGAAUGGUCGCGCACACAUUUGCGCUGACAUUUACGCAUUACGUAUACGCACCGGUGAGCGUGGCAUUACAGACCACAGGGCCAGUGCGUGUCGAGUGACAAAAGGUAGAUAAUAAACAACGUAAGAACAAUAAAAACAAUCAAAUAAACAACAGGCCAAUAAAAAUACAAUAAAAUAGUCAACAAUAACAACAAAAAAAAGCAGUUAACUAAUUAUCCACAUACGUGUAAGCCUGGUGUUGGAUAAUGACACAAAUGCCCAACAUCAACAACAAGCAUAACACAAAGAAAGCAACUAUAAAUUGAAAGCAAAAACUACAGCAACAGCAACAAUUGGCCGCUAAAAGGCACAACAAAUCAUCAUCAUCGUGAACGCUUACAAGCGCUCAGUGUCCAAAAGGCCUACUCUGUCUAUGCGAACAAAGCAACAAUAAGCAGCCGUAAAUAAAGCGUCAAAAGCAAUUUGCCAAAACUAUAAAAAGCGCAUAUCGCGAAAGCGCCAACCGACAACCAAAAAAAACACUCUCAUAUAUAUAUAUAUAUUUAUAUAUAUAUUGUGUAAAAAUAGUGUUGUAGCGCAUAUAUUUGAAUUAUCAACACAUAAAACAAACAAAAAAACACAAUAAAAAAGUCAGAAGUCAUACACACACACAAACACUUCCGCAUUUGCCGCGACACGCGACGCUACGUCAUAAUGGAGCGCAAACAUUUGGGCGCUUUGGCGCUUUGCUUGUUUGUUUUGGUGUUUAAACUAAAUAUUUUCGCUGUGGUCGCCGAACAGGAUGAGGAUAUCCCACAUAAUGAAGUACGCAACUGGGCGCUUAAAUUUGGUGUGGAUCUUUGGGAGUUCGGGCGACAGUUUACCAAAAUGAAUGAAAUCAAAAAUCGUUUUAAGGACAGUGACAUCGAAGUGAAGCGAAAGGAUGGCAUCAUGUUGCUGCGCGAAUUGGCAGCUGAGGUGAAAAAUUUCAUGGAUUUCAAACGCAACGCUGUGAUGCGCAUUAUGGACUCCGCAGAACAGGCCGCUCUCUCCGAAUUGGAAUCCCAAAACUCUCACAGCACUUCCGCGACGAUAAACAAUCAGCACUAUGAUGCGCGUCGCAUUAACGAAUACAAUUCGGAUGGUAAAUUGGCGGAUGGUGCACGGCAUAUGGACAUACGUUUUAUGCGCCGUUUCGAGCGAUUACCCGUCAAUCUCAGUCUCAGUUCCAUUCUAGUGCCGAACUCUGUCUCGCUUGACGAGCCUGAUGUAAAGUCAGCUCUUCAGUGGAGCGCACAUCUCGACCCACUCUUUCAAAACAAUCUUGAACGCGAUCCAGCGCUCUCGUGGCAGUAUUUCGGCUCAUCAACUGGUUUCCUACGUCGUUUCCCUGGCACUGCUUGGCCACCCGAGGGUUCGAAAGGCAGCAAACAAAUACACGACUUUCGCGCACAAAACUGGUUCGUGCAAGCCGCAUCGUCACCAAAAGAUAUUAUGAUAUUAUUGGAUUCCUCAUCGAGCAUGUCGGACAAGUCUUUCGAACUCGCUAUGGCUACAGCUUUUAACAUACUUGACACGCUAGGCGAGAACGAUUUCGUCAACUUGAUUACCUUUGCGGAGGAUGUCAAAACGCCGGUACCGUGCUUUAAGGAUCGCAUGGUACGCGCCACCCCAGACAAUAUACAGGAAAUCAAAUCCGCAGUAAAAGCAAUUAAGCUCGAAAAUACUGCCAAUUUCACAGCUGGUCUGGAGUAUGCGUUCAGCUUGCUACACAAGUACAAUCAAUCCGGCGAAGGCAGCCAAUGUAAUCAAGCCAUUAUGCUCAUUACCGAGAGUACUUCGGAGACGCAUAGCGACAUAAUCAAACAAUACAAUUGGCCUCAUAUGCCCGUACGAAUAUUCACCUACCUUAUCGGUUCCGAUUCGAGUAGUCGCAGCAAUUUGCAUGAAAUGGCCUGCUCCAAUAAAGGUUUCUUUGUACAAAUCAACGAUAUGGAUGAUGCACGCAAAAAGGUUAUCGACUAUGCGCUGGUUAUGGCACGUCCCAUGAUAAUGUAUCAGGCCGAUCAUCCAGUACACUGGAGUCCGGUCUUCGUUGCCGGCAAGACAGGUGGCUUGGCGCGCGACUCUGACUACCAGCGCAGGCUGGUGACGACAGUUUCAACUCCGGUCUUCGAUAGACGAAACCAUUCGGUGCGUGUGGCAAAUUUACUCGGUGUUGUUGGCACCGAUGUGCCCAUCGAGGAGAUACGUAAGAUGAUACCGCAACAUAAAUUGGGACCGAAUGGAUAUUCGUUUAUCGUUGAUAAUAAUGGGCGUGUACUGUAUCAUCCAGAUUUGCGUCCAUUAAGUGAUGGUAAUCAAUAUAUUGACCAGUUGCGGCCGCGGUACACGUCAGUCGACGUAACGGAGUUGGAACUGCCGGAAACCGAAGUGGGCAACGAGCAUGAAAUUGUCGAAAUGAAUAAGAAUCUCUUAUACGAUAUGCGCAACGAUAUGCUCAUGCCCAAGGAGGGUGAAACCGAAUUCACGGUAUUCAAUCACUUUGACGAAAUGAAACGAGUGACGGCGCGUACACAAAGGUAUUUUUAUGGACCUAUUGAAGAUACGCCCUUUACCUUAGCUGUUGUACUCCCUGAAAAAUAUGGCAGCCACGAAUUGGUCUCCCAACAGGAAAUAAGGCACUCGCGCAGAAAUGUGACCGAGUAUUUUAAGGGAGACAGUUGGCGCGUACAUCCCGACUGGGUGUAUUGUGAGUACAAUAGUGUUAGCGAUUUAGAGAAGGAGCGUGAAAGCUCUGGCGAAUAUCUCUCAGCCUCACGUGAACAAGAAUUAAGUUUCGGCUCACCGGAAGAGCAGGUCUUACAUUUCUUGGGACGUGCAGGACGGCCAGGCUGGAAGUGGAUGUCGGUGCGUCCAAAACCACCGCAACCACACCAUGCCAUGCAUGGCGUGACACCUGUCGGCCAUUUUGCUCAGCAUCUAAAUAACGUGCAAGGUUCUCGCAAAGCCGAACCCUACUAUUGCGAUCGAACCUUGGUACAGAGUUUAGUGCGUGAUGCUAUGGUAACCGAUGGUCUGGAUCGAAAUUCAACUGGCACGUCCAAUGGAAAGGAGGAUAAACAUCCAAUAGCCACUUUAAUGGCAAUUCUAAAGAGACAAGGCUAUCAAAAGUUUUUGGUUGCAACAUCGUUUGUGGCCACACGUUCGGGUCUGCUACGUUGGAUUGAUCACAUCAAAAGACCUGAAGACUCACCUGAUCCCCAUUUCAGUGAAGAUAACGCACGUGCCAUGGAUAUGCCGUGGUACAAACGCGCCGUGGACCAGCAUACCGUCGAACAAGAUAGCUUUGUUUACAGUGUACCCUUUGCCAAUGGAUAUGCACCUAAACUAAAUACGACGCUUGUAACCGCAUCGCAUGCUAUAUUUGUCGAACAUCGUGGCCACAAAGCUAUAGCCGCGGUAGUGGGACUACAAUUCCAGUUGGACUCGCUGGCAAAACAUUUCAUAAACAUAACCUCAACCUGCACCGGCAUGACAGGCUGUCGCCGCACAUGCGCUUCCGACGAUCUUGAUUGCUAUGUUUUGGACAACAACGGCUUUGUGAUCAUUUCCGAGCAAAGUGAACAAUCAGGCAAAUUUUUCGGUCAAAUCGAUGGUACCAUCAUGGAUUCCUUGGUACAGGAUCGCAUUUAUAAACGUGUCACGGUCAAUGACUAUCAAGGCGUUUGCUCUGACUCUGACAAUCCGUAUACGGCUGCAAGCACUUCACUACAACCACAUCGUGUCUCGACUUUUCUAAUGAAAUAUUUGAUAUCGUUGAGUGCCACAUGGUUAUCGCUCUUGCCAACGCCACUAAACGCAUGGCCACAAGAUGAUUAUACCUAUAAUGAAGAUGUCUUCGAAGAACCCACAUAUACGGAUGAGUACGAACCUUUUGAGGAUUACAAUGCACAGAUCGAUGAAGAAAUGGAUGAAUUCUUCACAACUGCUGAUGUGGAAUACACAACACCAGCCCCUAAGCAACAUAAGCCACACACCGGACCACGCGCCUCGCCAGACCCUCAACAUGCACGCCGCUGCGACCUGCGUACCGAUCUGUACAUGCUGCAACCAGAGCGUCUCAACCAAGGUGGACAAAACAAUCCGCUUAAGGGAAAGUUGACAAAUUGCCAUGUAUCCGGUUGUGAACGCCCCUUCAGCGUACAAAAAAUACCACAUAGCAAUCUGAUACUGUUAGUGGUGGAUACACUAUGCCCUUGUGGCUCCAAACAGUUGGAUAUUGAACCACUUGAGGAGUCGGGUACUAUUGGCGCCUGCAGCGCGCGUCGCCAGUCGCAGGAGAGUGCAAAGCGUCGUCGACCCAAAAAAUGCAUCAACUAUCAUCCCGAGGAAAUAGAAAUACAGCAAUGUGGGCGUGCCACAGCCUUGCUGCAAACGCCCGUCUCGAUCUUUGUAGCGCAUCUGCUCAUGUUGGUGGUGACAUUUACGCUGACAAAUGCGUGAUACUAAGUGCAAUGCCACUAAACAACUAAACAUCACAAGCUACAGGUCAAAACAGCGUCGAGCAUAGGUGCAGUGAAAAGUGUACUACAAAUACCAUAUAUACCAUAUACAGAAAAGAAUGACUACGAGAAACAACGCAAAAAUACUUACAUACAAUAGUUAUGCCAACAAAAAUUCAACAACAAACCCACUAAUUAAUACAACAACAAAUAAAUGUAUCUACGAGUAUAUUUUAACAAUAGCAACAGUUUUGUCUUAGGAUAUUCAUAUACUAUACAUAUAAGUAUGAGUAUAUAAGUAUGUUUGUGUAAAAUUAAGUUUUUUAAGUUUCGACUUAGACAAAUGUUAUUUCCGGAUUGAUUUUUUAGAGCGGAAAGAAAUUGUAGACGAUUCGAGAGAUGGAUUAAAUGCAGCACACUUGAUUCAAGAGGCAUAUUUUUAUGUCAGUAAAAGAAAAUCUUUUUUUUCA